UUUCCGCGCGCGCGCGUGGAGGAGCGCUCACCUUUCCCGCAAUCGCGGGGUGGGCGGAGCGUCGACGCGCGCGUCCGCGUCCCGCCGGCGCGUGACCGCGAGCGAGCUGCAUGUGCGUAAGCGCCGUGGACUCGUCGUCACACACACCGGCAGAAGGGCAAGAAGAAGACGAGGAGGAAGAGGAGGAAGAGGGGGAGUGAGCGCCGCCAGUCGCACACAACGACAACACUCCACCUCCCGUGAACGCAACACUCGCUCCUCCAUGAGCGCAAGAGCCUCUCUUCUUUUUCUUCUUCUCUUUUCUUCUUCCUGUGAGGAGGAUGUGAGGGGAAAAUGUUUGUCCUCCAGAUGUGCGCCGCCUUCUUCGCCUUCCUGCCGCCGGCCUCUCGGGCUGAUUUGACGUGCGACGCCGUCCUCGUCGCGGCUGCCGACACCUCACUCCAAUCGCUGUCGUCCUCCUGGAACGAGACGCAGGCGCAGACCAACGCGAGCGUCCAGCCGAGCGGCGCGGCGGACGCGUACUGCGAGGCGUCCCUGGACGGCAUCGGCACCUGCUGGCCUCGCAGCCCCGCCGCCCGCGUGGUGGCCAGACCUUGUCCCGAGAUGUUCUACGGCGUCAGAUACAACACCACCAACAGCGUGUACAGGAAGUGUCUGUCCAACGGGACGUGGGCGGCGAAGGGCAACUACUCCAAGUGCACGGCCAUCCUGCACCAGGAGAAGAAGGCCAAGAUGCACUACCAGAUGGCGGUGAUCAUCAACUUCCUGGGUCACGCCAUCUCCAUGCUGGCGCUGCUGGUGGCCUUCUUCCUCUUCCUGUGUUUGAGGAGCAUCCGCUGCCUGAGGAACAUCAUCCACUGGAACCUGAUCAGCGCCUUCAUCCUGAGGAACGCCACGUGGUUCGUAGUGCAGCUCACCAUGAGCCCGCAAGUGCACGAGAGCAACGUGGUGUGGUGCCGCCUGGUGACGGCUUCCUUUAACUAUUUCCACUCCACCAACUUCUUCUGGAUGUUCGGCGAAGGCUGCUACCUGCAUACGGCCAUCGUGCUCACGUACUCCACGGACAAACUGCGCAAGUGGAUGUUUAUCUGCAUCGGAUGGUGUAUCCCGCUCCCCAUCAUCGUGGCCUGGGCCAUCGGGAAGCUCUACUACGACAACGAGAAGUGCUGGUUCGGGAAGCGAGCGGGCGUCUACACGGACUACAUCUACCAGGGUCCCAUGAUUCUGGUUCUGGUGAUCAACUUCAUCUUCCUCUUCAACAUCGUCAGGAUCCUGAUGACCAAACUGCGAGCGUCCACCACCUCAGAGACCAUUCAGUACAGGAAAGCGGUGAAGGCCACGUUGGUGCUCCUCCCCCUUCUGGGGAUCACCUACAUGCUAUUCUUUGUCAAUCCCGGCGAGGACGAGAUCUCGCAGCUGGUCUUCAUCUACUUCAACUCCUUCCUGGAAUCCUUCCAGGGGUUCUUCGUGUCCGUCUUUUACUGCUUCCUGAACAGUGAGGUGCGCUCGGCCGCCAGGAAGCGCUUCCACCGCUGGCAGGAGCAGCACUCCAUCCGGGCCCGGAUGACCCAGGCCAUGUCCAUCCCCACGUCGCCCUCGCGGGUCAGCUUCCACAGCAUCAAACAGUCCACGUCGCUGUGAAAACCCGGCGCCCGCUUCGCCCGCCCGGCGCCUUUGAUGAACUCGGACGAUUACGGGAGCAAAAGAUGCCCGCUUUGGAUCUGGAACGUGAGUGUGAAUGUGGCGCACGUUCCCGUCCGCCAUCUUCCCUCCGGGACUCGGUGGCGCAACGCGCCGGCACGGCCGCCCGUCACCGUCUUUCCGGAAACUUUCAACACAUUCCGCGCUUUCUACCGAAAUCCUUUUCCCGCCUUGAACACGUGCACGCCGUUUGAUUGGGAUCACACGGCAAUGUCGGAAAGUUGGCUGGUGGACGUGUCACUUCCUGCGUCCAAAACAAAUAGCAAAUGCUAAGCUAAGGUAGCAAAUGCUAAUGCAAAGUGAUAUGUUAGCAUGUAAGAUGCCUUUCUGCAAGCUGGUGUGUGAAAACGACAGCACGUACCAGACUGGCGGAUAUGACAUUUCCUCCGUCCGAAACAAAAAGCAAAUGUUAAGUGACGCUAGCAAAUACUAAGCUAUGCAAGCAAAUGCUCAUGCUAAGGUACACGUUAGCACAUAAGUCUCCUUUCUGCAAGCUGGUGUGUGGAAACGAGAGUGUGUGACUCAUUUCCCAAAGCAAAGCCUAAGUUAAGAUAACAAAUCCUCAGCUAAAUGUCGGUGUUCAAAAAUCUUUUUUCGCAGAAAGCCAAACUGAAUCCCUGAGGAGUUGAUUCUGUGUCAACCGCCGUUGCAAUUGUUAGCCGCAUCGAUUAGCUAGCUAGCGCCCAGCUCGUUAGCUGCGUGAUGAGCAGACGAGGGUCAAACAAUUAACAAAUAAUUAAUGAGCUAACAAUUAAUGAACUGCACUGGAGAGGCUUCUGGUCUUCUUCUCUUGACGUCAACGUUGCCGUUGUUGUUUACUGGUCGGCCGAUCGGGAACCUCCUUGUAAACCUCUCCGGCCGCUGCGGAACGUCGUUUGCGCGCGUAUAUCCAAAGAUGUGUUUGGAACAAACCACAGAUAUGAAGACAAAACGCAAUAUGCCAACACCCUGUAGCAUCCUGGCUAAGCGACGUGGCUACAUGGCGGACAUGUUGGCGGGGGCGACGUUCCCAUCAAAGGCAAUGCACAGACGUUGACAUUAAGUCCUAACUUUCACGUUUCACAACCGAUUUUCACGAGGUUUACGUUUUUGUCAACGGCAAAGUGUGUGCUAUCAAUACACGACGUGGGCGAAAAAAAGACCCAGAAAUAUUUUUACCUGUGAAAGGUUACUCCCAGUUCCAGUCGCCAGGACUUUGACCUCCGAGCUUAGCGUCGCCGUCGGCACGCAUAUCAAAAGGGGCGUGUCAUAUCUGCCUAUUCAUAUCUGUGGAAUAAAUGCUCAGACGACUUUCCGUAUGCCGCUGCUGUAGCGUCCUGGCCCUGCUGUUUUUGUUUCCACGUGUGGCAUCAAGUGUGUGAUGUCAUCAACACGCGUCACAUUGUGUGAAGAUUGACACUCGCGUCUUGGUGAGCUAGCUGGUGUUUGUUGUAUUUAUUUGGCUUCUUGACAUUUUCCUAUGGACCCCGGGAGACCAGCUGAACAGUUUUUGUUUGUUUGUUUGUUUGUUUUAUGUCGCACACACAACUUUAAACUCACGCUUGCAAGAUACGUGAAGCCAGACGCACAGCGAGUGACUCUGCCAAAUACACGGAGUACGUUUCCAGAUUCGGAUUCGCUGACUAAGUUGGGCGCACCAGAUACUAAAAGUUUGCGGGUGCUGCUUACAAAGUUGCGCUUGCAACAGCCGUGUAUCAGGUUUCGGCCGAAAAUAACAUUUGGCUCUCAUACACACCCAAAACCUCACACUCACCAAAAGUCUCACAUUAACCCAACAAAUCUCUCACAAAAAAAAUAUCACACCAACAAAUCUCUCUCACACACACCAAAAAUAAAUAUAUAUAUAUAUAUAUAUAUAUAUAUCACACUAUACCCAAACAAACUCACACUAACAAACCUCUCACGUGCACCCAAAAACACACAUUUUACACCCCAAAACUCACGCAUACAGCCAGAAAAACUCUCACACCCAAAAAUCUUGCAUACGCUCCAAAACAACUGACAUCUUGGUUUUGUCGUGAAUGAAAAAGGAUUUUAGCCACGUGAGUUUUUGGGUAAGUGUGAGAGUUUUUGUGCACGUGAGAGCCUUUACUGCACCUCGUCAGCACGGCGCCACGCACUAAGUUGCGCUCUGGAUACGUGUGUGCGCAAUGUUGGCAGGAACUCAUUCCAUGAAAUCGAAUGACGUACAUAAUAGAAGUCAUUGUAAUCAUUACAUUACUGGGAGAAAGUGUCUCAUUAAAUGAUAUGAUAGUUGCUCUUGGAAAUUUCCAUGAUCACAAUUUUACAUAUGAAAAAUAUUUCGUAAAUUUCACGCUUGUGAUUCGCUCUCUCUGGGCAUGUGCCAUUCUGCCGCAGUCUCAAACAUCACAAUUUUCCCCGAGUAUGACCUCCAAGCGCCACCUUGUCGCGCAACCUAUUAGUUUGACAUUUUGAAAAUGUUCGACUCAGAGUUGAGCACAUUCAAUAACAUUGACUUUUGAACACUAACAUCUUUAUACUUUUUUAUGGAACAGUCCCGUAUCUGGUUGUCAUAUGAAGCCAUAGUGUGGAAAUUGUGCACAUUUGUCAUGAGGUCAACAUGGUAUGGUAUAAUGGUUUUCCACAUUUAAUGCAACAAAGCCAUUUUUAAUGAUUUAUUUACAUUUCAUCAUGUUUUGUUAUCAGUUUAAAGAACAAAUAUGUGGGUAAUUCCAAAAUAAGGAUCGAGGUGUCGAUCCACUUUUUUGUAGGAAACACCCAAGGUUCCGGCCGAUGCAAUGAUUCCAAAUUAAGAGGCGUAUCAAAAUGUAAUCAUUGAAAUCAUGAGGCUUUUCAACAAGGGUAACUAACGAAUUGUAAGUCAUCUUGCCAGCACUGGGUAUGCGUUCGGCGCAGGAGCGAGCUUUGUCGCGCACGUGCAAGACAAAAAAAUAAAAAAAUAAAUAAAACGUUCAUGUCGUCUCCCGGGUUGUGUGUUGUCCUACUGACUAAUAAAGUGUGUGUAGCAUUGACUCAAAACAAAUAAACUCGUCUGCUUUAUUUAUGGCAGCGACACACUGGACUUCCUGUCAAAACACGCGCACGCUACAUGCGACACAUGACAGCGGCGUUUGUCUCCAGGGCCGCGUGAGAGCAGAGUCCACAUUUGGAGCGUUUUGUGAUCCUUUUAA